CAAAGGUGCAAGGGAGCCAGCGCUAUGGGGAGAGCAGCAGUGUGGACAUAUCCCGUUCUUUUGUUGGUAAUCAGUGACUUGGUUCAUGGACAGAGUACAACAGAUACAUCAAGUGUUUCAACAACUGCUCCUACUGAAUCAUCUUCAACAUCUGUCCCAUCAACAACUACAACAACAACCUCCACAUCCACAACUCCAUCAGCAGAUGCAUCAGAACCAACAAGUACACAGACCUCCACUCCACCAAUAACAGGUAUAUCUAGUGUUUCAACAACAGCUCCUACUGAAUCAUCUUCAACAUCUGUCCCAUCAACAACUACAACAACAACCUCCACAUCCACCACUCCACCAGCAGAUACAUCCGAACCAACAAGUACACAGACCUCCACUCCACCAAUAACAGGUACAUCAAGUGUUUCUACAUCUACUCCUACUGAAUCAUCUUCAACAGCUGUACAAUCAACAACUACAAUACCGACCUCCACAUCCACAAAUCCACCAUCAAGUACAUCAGAACCAACAGGUAUAUCUAGUGUUUCAACAACUGCUCCUACUGAAUCAUCUUCAACAUCUGUACCAUCACCAACUACAACAACAACCUCCACAUCCACGACUCCACCAGCAGAUACAUCCGAACCAACAAGUACACAGACCUCCACUCCACCAACAACAGGUACAUCAAGUGUUUCUACAUCUACUCCUACUGAAUCAUCUUCAACACCUGCACAAUCAACAACUACAAUACCAACCUCCACAUCCACAAAUCCACCAUCAAGUACAUCAGAACCAACAGGUAUAUCUAAUGUUUCAACAACCGCUCCUACUGAAUCAUCUUCAACAUCUGUCCCAUCAACGACUACAACAACAACCUCCACAUCCACGACUCCACCAGCGGAUACAUCAGAACCAACAAGUACACAGACCUCCACUCCACCAAUAACAGGUACAUCAAGUGUUUCUACAUCCACAUCCACUGAAUCAUCUUCAACACCUGUACAAUCAACAACUACAAUACCAACCUCCACAUCCACAAAUCCACCACCAAGUACAUCAGAACCAACAGGUACAUCAAGUGUUUUAACAACUGCUCCUACUGAAUCAUCUUCAACAUCUGUCCCAACACCAACUACAACAACAACCUCCACAUCCACGACUCCACCAGCAGAUACACCCCAACCAACAAGUACACAGACCUUCACUCCAGGAAUAACAGGUACAUCAAGUGUUUCUACAUCUACUCCUACUGAAUCAUCUUCAACACCUGCACAAUCAACAACUACAAUACCAACCUCCACAUCCACAAAUCCACCAUCAAGUACAUCAGAACCAACAGGUAUAUCUAAUGUUUCAACAACCGCUCCUACUGAAUCAUCUUCAACAUCUGUCCCAUCAACGACUACAACAACAACCUCCACAUCCACGACUCCACCAGCGGAUACAUCAGAACCAACAAGUACACAGACCUCCACUCCACCAAUAACAGGUACAUCAAGUGUUUCUACAUCCACAUCCACUGAAUCAUCUUCAACACCUGUACAAUCAACAACUACAAUACCAACCUCCACAUCCACAAAUCCACCACCAAGUACAUCAGAACCAACAGGUACAUCAAGUGUUUUAACAACUGCUCCUACUGAAUCAUCUUCAACAUCUGUCCCAACACCAACUACAACAACAACCUCCACAUCCAUGACUCCACCAGCAGAUACACCCCAACCAACAAGUACACAGACCUUCACUCCAGGAAUAACAGGUACAUCAAGUGUUUCUACAUCUACUCCGACUGAAUCAUCUUCAACACCUGUACAAUCAACAACUGCCUUAACAACCUCCACAUCCCCAAAUCCACCAUCAAGUACAUCAGAACCAACAGGUACAUUAAGUGUUUCUACAUCUACAUCCACUGAAUCAUCUUCAACACCUGUACAAUUAACAACUACAACAACAACCUCCACAUCCACAAAUCCACCACCAAGUACAUCAGAACCAACAGCUCCUACUGAAUCAUCUUCAACAUUUAUACCAUCAACGACUACAACAACAACCUCUACAUCCACCAUUACACCAGCAGAUACAUCCGAACCAACAAGUACACAGACCUCCACUUCACCAAUAACAGGUACACCAAGUGUUUCUACAUCUACAUCCACUGAAUCAUCUUCAACACCUGUACAAUCAACUACUACAAUACCAACCUCCACAUCCACAAAUCCACCACUAAGUACAUCAGAACCAACAGGUACAUCUCGUGUUUCGACAUCGUCUCCUACUGAGUCAUCUUCAGAAUCUUUACAAUCAACAACUACUACACCAACCUCCACAUCAACAAAUCCACCACCAAGUACAUCAGAACCAACAGGUACAUCAAGUGUUUCAACAACUGUUCCGAAUGAAUCACCUUCAACACCAUCAACAGCUACAAUAACAACAUCCACAUCCACAACUCCACCAGCAGAUACAUCAGAACCAACAAGUACACAGACCUCCACUCCACCAAUAACAGUUAUAUCAAGUGUUUCUACAUCUAUCCCUACUGAAUCAUCUUCAGUAUCUGUACAUUCAACAACUACAAUACCAACCUCCACAUCCACAAAUCCACCAACAAGUACAUCAGAACCAACAGGUACAUCAAGUGUUUCAACAACUGCUCUGACUGAAUCAUCUUCAACAUCUGUACCAUCAACAACUACAACAACAACCUCUACAUCCACAACUUCACCAGCAGGUACAUCAGAACCAACAAGUACACAGACCUCCACUCCACCAAUCACAGGUACAUCAAGUGUUUCUUCAUCGACUUCUGAAGAAUCAUCUUCAGUAUCUGUACAAUCAACAACGACAGUAACAGCCUCCACAUCCUCAAAUCCACCAACAAGUACAUCAGAACCAGCAGGUACAUCAAGUGUUUCGACAACUGCUCCAACUGAAUCAUCUUCAACAUCUGUCCCAUCAACAACUACAACAACAACUUCCACAUCCACGACUCCACCAGCAGAUACAUCAGAACCAACAAGUACACAGACCUCUACUACGCCAAUAACAAGUACAUCAAGUGUUUCUACAUCUACUCCUACUGAAUCAUCGACAGUAUCUGUACAAUCAACAACUACAAUACCAAUCUCCACAUCCACAUUUCCACCAACAAGUACAUCAGAACCAACAAGAAUAUCAAGUGUUUCAACAACUAGUCCUACUGAAUCAUCUUCAACAUCUGUCCCAUCAACAACUACAACAACAACCUCCACAUCCACCAUUCCACCAGCAGAUACAUCAGAACCAACAAGUACACAGACCUCCACUCCACCAAUAACAGGUACCUCAAGUGUUUCUACAUCGACUCCUACUGAAUCAUCUUCAGUGUCUGUACAACCAACAACUACAAUACCAACCUCCACAACCACAACUCCACCAACAAGUGCAUCAGAACCAACAGAUACAUCAAGUAUUUCAACAACUGCUCCGACUGAAUCAUCUUCAACAUCUGUACCAUCAACAACUACAACAACAACUUCCACAUCAACAACUCCACCAGCAGAUACAUCAGAAUCAACAAGAACACAGACUUUCAUUCCAGCAAUAACAGAUACAUCAAGUGUUUCAACAACUGCUCCUACUGAAUCAUCUUCAACAUCUGUCCCAUCAACAACUACAACAACAACCUCCACAUCCACGUCUCCACCAGCAGAUACAUCCGAACCAACAAGUACACAGACCUUCACUCCGCCAAUAACAGGUACAUCAAGUGUUUCUACAUCUACUCUGACUGAAUCAUCUUCAAAGGCUGUACAAUCAACAACUACAGUACAGACCUCCACAUCCACAAAUCCACCACCAAGUACAUCAGAACCAACAGGUACAUCAAGUAUUUCAACAACUGCUCCUACUGAAACAUCUUCAACAUCAGUCCCAUCAACAACUACAACAACAACCUUCACAUCUACGACUCCACCAGCAGAUACACCCAAACCAACAAGUACACAGACCUCCACUCCGCCAAUAACAGGAAUAUCAAGUGUUUCAACAACUGGUCCUACUGAAUCAUCUUCGACAUCUGUCCCAUCAACAACUACAACAACAACCUCCACAUCAACCACUCCACCAGCAGAUACAUCAGAACCAACAAGUACACAGACCUCCACUCCACCAAUAACAGGUACCUCAAGUGUUUCGACAUCGACUCCUACUGAAUCAUCUUCAGUGACUGUACAACUAACAACUACAAUACCAACCUCCACAUCCACAACUCCACCAACAAGUACAUCAGAACCAACAGAUACAUCAAGUGUUUCAACAACUGCUCCGACCGAAUCAUCUUCAACAUCUGUACCAUCAACAACUACAACAACAACCUCCACAUCCACAACUCUACCAACAGAUACAUCAGAACCAACAAGUACACAGACCUUCACUCCAGCAAUAACAGGUACAUCAAGUGUUUCUACAUCUACUCCUACUGAAUCAUCCUCUACACCUGUACAAUCAACAACUACAACACCAACCUCCACAUCUACAAAUCCACCAACAAGUACAUCAGAACCAUCAGGUACAUCAAGUGUUUCAACAACAGCUCCUACUGAAUCAUCUUCAACAUUUAUACCAUCAACAACUACAACAACAACCUCCACAUCCACGACUCCACCAACAAGUACACCAGAACCAACAGCUAACUCAAGUGUUUUGACUCUUCGUGCUGAAACAUCUUCAACACCUCCACCAUCAACAACUACAAUAACAACUUCCACAAUCAUAACUCCACCAGCAAGUACAUCAGAACCAACAAGUGCGCAGACUUCCACUCCAGCAUUAACAACUACCUCAAGUGUUUUGACUCUUCCAGCUGAAACAUCUUCAUUUGUCCAACCAACAACUACAAUACCAACCUCUACGUCCACCACUCCACCAACAAGUACAUCAGAACCCACAAGUACACGGACUUCCACUCCAGCAACAGCAACUACCUCAAGUGUUUUGACUCUUCCAACUGAAACAUCUUCAUCUGUACAACCAACAACUACAAUACCAACCUCUACGUCCACCACUCCACAAACAAGUACAUCAGAACCAACAAGUGCGCAGACUUCCACUCAGCCAAUAACAAGUACAUCAAGUGUUUUCACAUCUACUCCGACUGAAUCAUCUUCAGUAUCUGUACAAUCAACAACAACAAUACCAACCUCCUCAUCCACAAAUCCACCAACAAGUACAUCAGAACCAACAAGUAUGCAGACUUCCACUCCACCAAUAACAAAUACCUCAAGUACUUUGACUACACCUGUUGAAGCAACUUCUUCACCUGUCCAAUCAUUAAGUACACAAUCCAACUUCACAUUCACAACAGCACCCACAAGUACAUCAGAAUCAAGAAGGACACAGAGUUCCACUCAGCCCAAAACAACACAAUGCAAAAUAAUCCUAAGGUUUACUGUCACAAGCGAGGAUGUGAAUUUAGCUGAUCAACAAAUAAGAGAGAAAGUUCUUCAAAAUCUUCAAUUGCUCGCCCAGAAAAUAAUAGUUGAAGGAAAGACAAGAGGACCUCCAGGAGCAGAUGGUGACCGUGAUGGAGGGUACUGAGAAAGGGAGCUGAGCAGUUCUCCAGGAUCUCCAUCAGCAGGUGGCGACAGUGGGGGAGGGCAGCUGCAGCAAUCGAACAAACUCUCGCUGGGAAAACAAGAAUGUCUUUGGUGUGGAAAGGGCUAGGGAGAAGCAGGAAUGGACAGAUCAUGGAAUUUCUCAGCCCAAUGUAACUCAUACAGUCAUUCUAUGUACAUAGUGUAAAUAAUUGCUUCUUUAUACUUAAUUUACUGUCCUGUUUGUAAUGACC